AUGGACAGCCGUGGGCCAGAGGAGGGAGGGUCGGCUCUCAGCACCCCCUCACCCCCUGAGGAGGCGGAGGAGGGGGGCAGGGUGCCCCCUAAUGAGAAGGGAGAGGUCAGGGAGAGGCUGCCCCUGUCUGUCCAGCCUGCACCCCUCUCCUCCCAGCCCCAGCUACAAUCCUCCUCCUCCUCCUACGUGCCCGCCCAGCCUAAACUCAAUGGGGGCCAGCAGGCCUCUGCCGGGGUGCUUCCCCAGUUCCAUCCCCAGUUCAGGGGCAUGAUGCCACCCUACGUAAGUGAUUGACUGAAUGAUUUAUUGAUUUUACUUCGGGUAUAAAAAUACAUGGAAUUACUUACCUGAUAUGGGAUAUUUCCUUGACAAUAGUUGCUAGUUUGCUACAAAUGUCUAUGACCUUGCAGAGUAGGAUUCUCCUGGUAAUGGCUGUUUUCCUGUUCUAGAUGUUCCAUGCAUACCCCAGAAUGCCCUUUGCUCCAGUGCCAGGGAACAUCAGAUACCCUGUUCCACAGGAUGGAGCCAGGUGAGUACACACACACUCAUAAACACACACACACACACUCUCCUACAUCCCUACACACUCAUCAUUAUUACCACAUCAUAACCUUGAGUUCCUAGACCUCUCAUCAUCCAUUCCCCAGUGAACUGACCCUCUUGUGUGUGUUGUGUCCCCAGGAGGGUCCGUCCCCAGCAGGGGCCCUCCCAGGCCUGGCUCAAGGAUCCAGACAGACCCUCCAUCAUCAGCGCCACAGAGCUCAAAGAGCUCGACAACCUGGACACUGAUGCUGACGAGGGCUGGGCUGGUAAUACUCAUCUGUAUUUAUACAUUUUUUACAUCACGUUUUAUUAGCAUUUCAUUGAAAGUCCAUGUAAUGGUAACUCUCCUCAUCUCUCUCUGUCUGUUAUCCAGGAGCUCAGAUGGAGGUAGACUACACAGAGAAGCUCAACUUCAGUGACGAUGAGGAGAACCAAGCCGCCAAGGAGAAAGGAGAAAACUGGUGAGUCUCACUGAGGAAGGUGCUUCCUUUUCUGCCUCACUACCUGGGUGUGACAGACGGGGUUUGUCCUGGGGUAUCUGUACUCCUCGAGACUGUUAGCGUGCUGAGCUUAAGCCUAGGCAUUACCAUGUAGCGCUAACAAAAGACUAACCAUCGCACUCUCUCUCAGGGAGUGGAUCGGUAAAGUGGAGCGGAUGAGGCCACCGCGCCCCUCAGACGGCCAGGAGGGCAGCAAAGGCUCAUGGGUAGAUAGAAGGGACCCCAGGGCACCCUCCCCAGGCAGUAUGGGACAGUACAAGACCGGCCCACCACAGGACUACCAGGUGAGGCUGAGGAUGGUUGGUUGACUCAGUAUGGGGUAUGUUUGAUUUGAUGGAGGAGUCCUGGACUAAUGCGCCAUCAAGAGCUUUACUAUAAAAGUUCCCUUUGGAUGUUUGAGAACUUAUUUCAUCUUUCUCUCUAUCUCUCCAGGGUCAGCCAGGUGUGCGCUCGGUAGGCAGCGGAGCCCCUCGUGUGGCCAAACCCCCCACCACAGCUCCCCCUGGCGAGGAGGAGUCAGAGGCCUGGCGCCAGAAACGCAAGAAGCAGGACCUGUCGGAAGCAGUAGAAAGAGCCAGGCGGAGGAGAGAAGAGGAGGAGAGGAGGAUGGAAGAGCCGAGACUCGCCGCCUGCGCAGAGAAACUCAAGCGCCUUAAUGAGAAACUCCGCCCUGCACCAGAGGCCACGCCCGUCCCUGCUGCAGAGACAACCAAUGAAGAGACGGGAGCUGUGCAUGAAGACACACCCCCUUUGUCUGUUCCUCCCCCUGUCUCCAACCCUGCACCUUCACAGCCUCUCCCUCUGCCACAGACCCCGACCAUACCAGCCCCUCUCCAAGACAGAGAGAGGAUGGAAAGAGAGAGGGAAAGGAUGGAGAGCGAGAACGAGAGGGUGGAAAGAGAGAUGGAGAGAGUAGAGCCUAGUGCGGAGGAGAGUCAGUUUGUGCCUCGCCAGCACAGCCCUCCAGUCCAGAGACCAGUGUCCAUAACCCCAGAGCCUCAGCUCGGAGAGGGCCCCCUGGUUGAGGUGGGCCCCCUGGUGGAUGAGAGCCAGACUGAGAGACUGAUUCCCAUGCCUAUCCGAGAAUACUUCAGCGCCGAUGAGAGUAGAGGUGAGCCCUCUGGCAGAGCCCUGUGUUUGCACCAACAUAAAUUAACCAGUUACUUUACCUCCCACAGUUUCACUCCCAGCAAAGCCAAUCUUUCUGUUUAUUUCAAUGACGAGGUUUAGGUUUACAGUGUGACUGACUACUGUCUUGCUCUCUAGUGGAGGAGCAUGUGCCCCUGUCUCUGCCCUGUAUGGACCCUCCCAUUGGAGAGGAUGCCCCGGUGGCCCCCCCAGACCUGGAGGGAGAGGCGGGGGCUGCCAUGCGCCCCUCUCUCACCUCGGGAUACUCCAAACAGUUCCAGAAGUCUCUGCCCCCACGCUUCCUCAGGCAGCAGGUAUUGGACUGGUGUUGCUCUGUGUUUUUAUACACAAUGUCACAUCCAAAGUUCCUCUUGGGAAAAGUCAAGUUACCAAAUAAGUUAAAUUCCAUCUCUGGACUAUGGAAUCCUGAACUUUUAAUGUUGUCCAUGUCAUUUUGAAGAGGAAUGCCCUGAAUCCAACUCUUAACCUCUCUUUCUCCUUGCAGGAGCAGAUGAAGCAGCAGCAGUGGCAGCAGCAACAGCAGCAGGGUGGUGGUGGAGGCGGUGGAGGCGGUGGCGGUGGUGGUGGUGGGGCUGUGUCCCCAUCAGGAGGAGGUGGAAGUGUAGCUACCCCCCAGCAGCAGCACCGCUCCCUGUACCAGCCCAUCGGACCCCCUCACCAUCAGCAGCAUCUGGCUAACAUGGGCUUUGACCCCCGCUGGCUCAUGAUGCAGUCAUACAUGGACCCCCGCAUGAUGUCUGGAAGACCAUCGCUCGACAUGCCAAACAUGCACCCUGGACCUGGUAUGGAGAUAUUGACGUACUGAUACGUGUGUGUGUUUUCAGUUUAGCUUAGCUUUUCUUCUGUGGGUGUUGAUGCCCUGUGAGUGUUUUGGUGUAAAUAGACAUACAUUUUUAUAGCGUAUACUGUAUAUAAACUGUAAAAGGUAAUCAUUUUGACCGGCUGUCCCCUUCUCCUUGUCUCCAGGGCGGAUGGCUCCUAAGCAGAUAGUUCGUAGAGAGCCAGGGGACAGGUCCAGCUCCAGUUCUGACUCCUUUGACCACCUGACCAGGCCUAUACGGGACCACAGUCUCCCCUCUGAACCACGCACGGUGUGGGGGUCUGACCCCUACGCCCAAACUGAACCCCUGCCCUCCGCCACACCCCCUAAAGGACGGGAGGACAAGGACACCAGGUGAGGGGACAACACAAUAAUCAGGCUGAAUCUCAAUACACACCUGCUUUCCUCACCUCCACAGUGCAUAUUGAGAGGCAGCCACUUCUGUCAUCAAAUGUGGUCCAAUUGUCCACCAUGUUUGCUGCGUUUUUUAUUAAAACAUCUCUCUCGCUCUUCCCCAGGUUGGACUCUGGGUUGGAGCUGGACCGGGGUUCCCCAGCCAUUUACCCCAGCAAGGAAAUCAGUCCUCUUGAGCCCCGCAGCAAGACUGACUUCUUCAGAAACCCCACAGAGCCCCUGUCAGGGUUCGGCCCAGGCCCAGAGGAGGCUACAGGAUCCCUGCAGACAGAGAGAGGGCCUGGUGGGUCCCCCUUUGAGCCAGAGGAGCCUGGCUUGCCCACUGGAGUGGAGGUUGAGGCUCUGGGACAGGCCAUGCUACAGAGGACCAUCUCCCAGGGCUCCAGCCACUCCCUCAAACUGGAUGAGGCCAUGUUCGACAGCCUCCCCCUGGGCACAAAGACACUUGAGCUCCAGGAUGCAGGGGAGAGGCCAGGCCCAGACGAACUGAAGGCCAGGAAAGAGCCUUUCUCCCAGGCUUCUGUGGCCAACAACAGGCCCACUCCUCCAUCCGACAUCCUCCACAAGCCAGAGAAGCUGCCCCUGCCAGCCCCUAGCAAGCAGAAGAAUGAGCUGCGCUUGGGAGGGAGGUCAGUGGCCAGCCGGAGGGACGGGCCAGGGGGAGAGAGGCCUGUACGCAGGUCUGGACCCAUUAAGAAACCUGUACUCCGAGACAUGAAGGAAGAGAGAGAGCAGCGGGAGGAGAGAGAGAGACACAGAGAGAGAGGGGAAAGAGGGGAGAGACCCAAGAAGGAGGAGCGAGGAGGAGUGAAAGCUGCCUCUGCGGCUGCUGCUGUGUCUGGGGGCCCCAGGGACAGGCCCCAGGGAGAAAGAGAGAAGGACAGGGAGAGGGAUGGGAAGAGGGAGGCCCCUGAGACCGAGGAGGGGUCUGUGAAUGGCCCCCAGAGAUCCAGAGACACACAGGCCCUGUCAGGAGCACCGACACCAGCCUCCCAGGACAACAAGACAGACAAACCAACGACCAAUGACAAACACCCUGAACCUAAACUAUCCUGUAGGAAGGAGUCCAACCUGCCUCCACGGGCCUACCGCCGUGAGGAGAGAGAGAGGGAACGGGAGAGAGAGCGAGAGAGGGAAAGAGAUCGGGAGAGAGAGAUGGAGAGGGACAGAGAGAGAGACUGGCCGGCUGAUGGUUUUAGAGCCAGAGGCAGAGGGGAGUACUACUCUCGAGGACGGAGUUUCCGGGGGACUUACAGUGGUCGAAAUAGAGGUGGCCGGGGUCGUAGUCGAGGGGAGUACCCUUACCGGGAGCCGCGCUCACGCUCAGACCUCCCCGCCAUUGGUGGCGGCAUUGCCUUCCGCUGCUGCCGUGAAGAGAGCGAGACGCGCAGCGAGAGCUCUGACUUCGAAGUAAUGCCCAAACGCAGGAGGCGUCGUGGCUCCAAUACCGACUCGGAGAGUGAAGGAGGACGCGAGUCCGCUAGCGACACGGGGGCUUCAGACCGUGAGCUCAGCGCCAAACCACCCCGCCCGCUCCGCAGGGAACUACCAGGAGAGCACCGCUCCGGACCACACAAACCUGGCUUUGGACCCCCUCACCUGGGGGAGAAAGGAGGGCUCAGGGGAGGAGAUGAGGAGGGUAGGCCCAAGCCAGGCUUCCUGCCCAAAGGAGAGCCGUCACGGCGGGGGAGAGGGGGCCUGUACAGCAGGCGAGGGGGAGCCAGGGAGAGAGGGGGUACUAGGUCAGCUCCUCUCAGACGACCAGGAACCAGAGAGUUGUCCUCCCUGUGGCCCUCUAAACCUAUGGAGACCUUCCGCCCUGAGGACACAGAACCUUCAUCACGCUACGACAACCGGGACACCCACUCUGACCGACGGCCUGUACGAGGGGACAGAGACCGUCCUUUCGAGGUGAAGAAGUUUGGGGAGGGGGGACCCCAGAGUAGCAGAGACAGAGAGAGGCCCCGUCGCCCUCGCCCAGCCCGACCCCCCAGACAGGACAAACCCCCCCGCUUCCGGAGGCUGAAGGAGAGAGAGGCUGCAGUAUUAGCUGGAGGAGAGACUGGACCUGGACCUACCUCCACUGCCUCCCUCCCAGCCUUAGUGCGUGCCUCUGGGCCUGGCCCUGUCUCCCUGUCCCCUACCCUCUCCAGAGCUCCAGGGACCCCAGUCACCAUGCCUGUAGAGGGGGGACCCACAGCCGCUGACCUGCCCCUGACCUCUGAUCCAGCCCUGCCUGACGCCACCCCUACCACGACCUCUGCCGUGGGCACCAAGUCACCUGACCUUUCCAAUCAGAACUCUUCUGACCAGGCCAACGAGGAGUGGGAAACGGCGUCAGAGAGCAGUGAUUUUAACGAACGGAGAGAAAGAGAGGAGAGGAGGGGAGCGCUGGAGGCUGCUAACGCAGCUGCCCAGCCCUCGGCCCCAGCCCCCCUACCCCCUCAAGGCUCAGCACCCCCCAGUAGGACCCCCACUGAGGGAGGGGUGACGCCCAAACGCGAGGUAGCGGGCCCUGCCUGGGCCAGGAGGAGUUUCUCCAGUCAGCGUCCUGUGGAGAGGCAGAACCGCAGGGGGAACAGCGGACCCAAACCAGGCCGCGGCUACACAGGGGGGAAGGGAGAGAGGAGAGGAGGGGGCAAGGCUGGACGCAGAGGGUGAGUCAUCCACCAAUCACACACAGUGAUUUGGUUUGACCUUAUGCCUUGACUGUUUGCAUGUUAGAUCUACUCACAGUUAACAUAAUGAACAAUAUCGUAUUAUACAACCCAUAUUAUAAAACCUAACUCCAAUGCCAUGCUCCACUGUUUGUGUGUGUGAGGGAGCGAGAGAUUGUGAAAGCGAGAGAGCUGUGGAAACACAAUCUUCCUGAAGGACAAAUGUUUAAUCUCCUUUCGUAUCCUGUUUUAAUUGCUGGCUGUGUGUUUUGGUUUGAAGUUAUAUAUACAGUGGGGGAAAAAAGUAUUUAGUCAGCCACCAAUUGUGCAAGUUCUCCCACUUAAAAAGAUGAGAGAGGCCUGUAAUUUUCAUCAUAGGUACACGUCAACUAUGACAUACAAGUUGAGAAAAAAAAUCCAGAAAAUCACAUUGUAGGAUUUUUUAUGAAUUUAUUUGCAAAUUAUGGUGGAAAAUAAGUAUUUGGUCACCUACAAACAAGCAAGAUGUCUGGCUCUCACAGACCUGUAACUUCUUCUUUAAGAGGCUCCUCUGUCCUCCACUCGUUACCUGUAUUAAUGGCACCUGUUUGAACUUGUUAUCAGUAUAAAAGACACCUGUCCACAACCUCAAACAGUCACACUCCAAACUUCACUAUGGCCAAGACCAAAGAGCUGUCAAAGGACACCAGAAACAAAAUUGUAGACCUGCACCAGGCUGGGAAGACUGAAUCUGCAAUAGGUAAGCAGCUUGGUUUGAAGAAAUCAACUGUGGGAGCAAUUAUUAGGAAAUGGAAGACAUACAAGACCACUGAUAAUCUCCCUCGAUCUGGGGCUCCACGCAAGAUCUCACCCCGUGGGGUCAAAAUGAUCACAAGAACGGUGAGCAAAAAUCCCAGAACCACACGGGGGGACCUAGUGAAUGACCUGCAGAGAGCUGGGACCAAAGUAACAAAGCCUACCAUCAGUAACACACUACGCCGCCAGGGACUCAAAUCCUGCAGUGCCAGACGUGUCCCCCUGCUUCAGCCAGUACAUGUCCAGGCCCGUCUGAAGUUUGCUAGAGUGCAUUUGGAUGAUCCAGAAGAGGAUUGGGAGAAUGUCAUAUGGGCAGAUGAAACCAAAAUAUAACUUUUUGGUAAAAACUCAACUCGUGGUGUUUGGAGGACAAAGAAUGCUGAGUUGCAUCCAAAGAACACCAUACCUACUGUGAAGCAUGGGGGUGGAAACAUCAUGCUUUGGGGCUGUUUUUCUGCAAAGGGACCAGGACGACUGAUCCGUGUAAAGGAAAGAAUGAAUGGGGCCAUGUAUCGUGAGAUUUUGAGUGAAAACCACCUUCCAUCAGCAAGGGCAUUGAAGAUGAAACGUGGCUGGGUCUUUCAGCAUGACAAGGAUCCCAAACACACCGCCCGGGCAACGAAGGUGUGGCUUCGUAAGAAGCAUUUCAUGGUCCUGGAGUGGCCUAGCCAGUCUCCAGAUCUCAACCCCGUAGAAAAUCUUUGGAGGGAGUUGAAAGUCCGUGUUGCCCAGCGAGAGCCCCAAAACAUCACUGCUCUAGAGGAGAUCUGCAUGGAGGAAUGGGCCAAAAUACCAGCAACAGUGUGUGAAAACCUUGUGAAGACUUACAGAAAACGUUUGACCUGUGUCAUUGCCAACAAAGGGUAUAUAACAAAGUAUUGAGAAACUUUUAUUGACCAAAUACUUAUUUUCCACCAUAAUUUGCAAAUAAAUUCAUUAAAAAUCCUACAAUGUGAUUUUCUAGAUUUCUUUUCUCAUUUUGUCUGUCAUAGUUGACGUGUACCUAUGAUGAAAAUUACAGGCCUCUCUCAUCUUUUUAAGUGGGAGAACUUGCACAAUUGGUGGCUGACUAAAUACUUUUUUUCCCCACUGUAUAAAGCGAGUCAGGGUGUAUUUUUUGUCUGCUACUUCUCUACUGUGGCCUCUGGAGGAGAAUACACUGGGUACUCAUCAUUGCUCCCUUUCUGGUUGCAUCCCAAUAGUCUAAAGUGGUUUUCUUUCCUCGUCUCGUCUCCUCUCCUUCACCUGUACUGAUGUGAAAGCAAUGUCCUCCAUUACAUUACUAUAUCCUGGACUGAAACCACUGAAGAUCCCACAGUCUUUAGACCACCUUUUUUAUGAAGCUGCUGCUUCUCUGUACAGUGGCCUUGUGUGUCUCUAAUAUUUAUUUCUCUCCUCUCCUCCAGAGCUGCCCCUAACCCAGACUCAGCCCCAGGUGGGGGAGCAGUGCGCCCCGGGGGUAAAGAUCCAUCUGGACGCAGGAAGGACGAGGCCAAACAGACCAAACAGAAACCCAAGGAGAAGGAGAAUGCUUUGUUGCAGUUUGACCUCAACAACUACGCCAGUGAGUCACAUACACACCUGCUCAUACCCAUUGAGGCUAUCUAGUGUCCAUCUUGAAAUUUAUAUUUUUCCCAAAAUGCCACGAGUACUGUAAUGUCAUAUUGGCCCAAUACAGAUUCUAUUGUUCUAGAACUUAUACCAUGUCUGUGGAACUGAUGUGAUGUCACUUCCUGUGUGCUGUCCUAUAGGUGUGGUGAUCAUAGAUGACCAUCCAGAGGUGACGACCUUAGAGGACCCCCAGUCUAACACUGCAGACGACGGCUUCACUGAGGUGGUCUCACGCAAACAACAGAAACGACUACAGGACGAGGAGAGGAGAAAGAAAGAAGAACAGACUACACAGGUGAGAGGGAGGAGGGAUGCGGGAGAGAGGGAGUGUGCACUUCACCACUGGAAGGCAAUUACUCCUGUAUUGACUAGGGACACAUUGACACAAGACUCAUAUUCAAAUUGAGGACCAUAACAUCUGACAUCCCUAACCUGUAUGUUGUUGCAUUGUGUGUCCGUUUACAGCACUAUGGGAAGAAAGGACCAGGGGAGAAGGGGAGAGGAGGAGGAGGCAAGCUGCCUCCCAGAUUUGCCAAAAAACAGCAGCAGCAACAACAAGCAUCGCAACAACAACAGCAAGCCUCACAGCCACAGCCCCCACCUCCCCCCCAAAAACCCCAGCCCCAUCUCUCUGCCCCCCAGCUCCCUCCCCCCUCCCAGCCUGCUGCCUCUCCCCAGACUCUGGAGGGCUCUUUGGCCCACCUACCCUCUGCCCCGACCCCCACCACUGUGGACUUCACCUCUAAGAUCUCCCUGCCCCCUGUGGCCCCAGCCACGCAGCCCCACAGCACUCUGGGUACGGAACUCUGGGAGAACAAGGUGGCCGGAUCCACCAUCCUCCCCGACGUCAAGAAACGUGAGUCACACAACCGCAGGACACAGUCAUAUUUCACCAGAGAUUUACAUUUUAUUAGUGAAAACGUUUAAACUUGUCAUAAUAUGUUGUGUGUGUUUCAGUUGGACCUAUCAGCCCUCCUCAGCCUCCUUCAGUCAGUGCCUGGAACAAACCUCUCACCUCCUUCACUGGGGCCCUCAUUCCUGAGGUACAAACCUCCCUCUUUCUCUGCCUAGUAGCCAUCUUGCACAGUGUUUCACAACCUGUUUUGUACAACAGACUGACCAGCUAUGGGUCUGUUCUGUUUCAUUGUGGCUCUAAAAAAAGUAUUGUGUGUUGAAGGGACUAAAUCCUGGCUCAGAAGGCAGUGUGGAUCUGGGGAUGGACAGUAUCCAGUUUGGAGCCCCGUCCUCAUCUGGCAGUACAGACAGCGAUGGUGUACCAGCCAUUCUAGAGACUGGAUCUGACGACAAACUACCUGCUCCGAAAGAACAGAGACAGAAACAGCCCCGUGCCGGGCCCAUCAAAACACAGAAGGUAGGGUACAACACUGACUGACUGACUGACUGAAAUACUCAGAAAAUCGAUAGUGAUUGAUACGUUAUGAUUCUUCAUAGUUUUUUUUUUUUACUCUAACUUUAUCGCUCUCUUUCCCUCUCCCUCCCCAGCUCCCUGACAUGGAGCCAGUAGAGCCUAAGGAGUACAAGCCUGGCCCUAUCGGUAAAGAACGCUCCCUCCGUAACCGCAAGGCUAAGGACGUCUGCGGGGGGGAGGGAGAGGGUCUGGAUGGGGGGAUAGUACCAGGAGGGUCCAGCAGAGCAGUAGACUCAAGCCCCACCAACACAGACACCUCUGUUCCUGAGCUGGGGGGCGACAUUGAGGGGAUGAUCACCAUACCCUCUGCAGAGUACGCCAGCAGUUCCAAGGUGAGAGGGGAUGGGGUUGGUUGAAAUGGUAUACCCGAUAUGGCCACCAGUCUAUCCACCUCAGAACCCUGCUUUAAAUAGGAAUGUACAGGUAACUGCCAAAAUAAAGGAAACCCCAACAUUAAGUGUCUUAAAAGGGCGUUGGGCCAGAAUAGCUUCAAUGCACCUUGGCAUAGAUUCUACAAGUGUCUGGAACUCUAUUGGAGGGAUUCAACGCCAAUCUUCCACGAGAAAUUCCAUCAUUUGGUGUUUUGUUGAUGGUGGUGGAAAACGCUGUCUCAGGCACCGCUCCAGAAUCUCCCAUAAGUGUUCAAUUGGGUUGGGCUCUGGUGACUGAGGUAUAUGGUUUACUUCGUUUUCAUGUUUAUCAUACCAUUGUGACCACUCGUACCCUUUGGAUGGGGGUGUUGUCAUCCUAUGGAGGCAUAAUCACAGUAGCCAAAAUAAUGGCCUGCCAAGCAUUUGUACAGUGUUCAGACCCCUUGACUUUUUCCACAUUUUGUUACGUUACAGCCUUAUUCUAAACUGGAUUAAAUAAGAAAUUGUCCUCAUCAAUCUACACACAAUACCCCAUAAUGACAAAGUGAAAACAGGUUUUUAUAAUUUUUCUGCACAUUUAGAAAAAACAAAAAACAGAUACCUUAUUUACAUAAGUAUUCAGACCCUAUGCUAUGAAUCUCGAAAUUGAGCUCAGGUGCACCCUGUUUCCAUUGGUCAUUCUUGAUGUCUCUACAACUUGAUUGGAGUCCACCUGUGGUAAAUUCAAUUGAUUGGACAUGAUUUGGAAAGGCACACACCUGUCUAUAUAAGGUCCCACAGUUGACAGUGCAAGUCAGAGCAAAAACCAAGCCAUGAGGUCGAAGAAAUUGUCCGUAGAGCUCCGAGACAGGAUUGUGUAGAGGCACAGAUCUGGGGGAAGGAUACCACAAAAAUUCUGCAGCAUUGUAGGUCCCCAAGAACACAGUGGCCUAAAUCAUUCUUAAAUGGAAGAAGUUUGGAACCACCAAGACUCUUCCUAGAGCUGGCCACCCGGUCAAACUGAGCAAUCGUGGGAGAAGGGCCUUGGUCAGAGAGGUGACCAAGAACCCGAUGGUACCUCUGACAGAGCUCCAGAGUUCCUCUGUGAAGAUGGGAGAACCUUCCAGAAGGACAACAUCUGCAGCACUGCACCAAUCAGGCCUUUAUGGUAGAGUGGCCAGACGGAAGCCACAGUAAAAGGCACAUGACAGCCUGCUUGUAGUUUGCCUAAAGACACCUACAGACUCUCAGACCAUGAGAAACAAGGUUCUCUGGUCUGAUGAAACCAAGAUUGAACUCUUUGGCCUGAAUGCCAAGUGUCACAUCUGGAGGAAACCUGGCACCAUCCCAACGGUGAAGCAUAGUGGUGGCAGCAUCAUGCUGUGGUGAUGUUUUUCAGCGGCAGGGACUGGGAGACUAGUCAGGAUCAAGGGAAAGAUGAACGGAGCAAAGUACAGAGUUCCUUGAUGAAAACCUGCUCCAGAGCGCUCAGGACCUCAGACUGGGGUGAAGGGUCACCUUCCAACAGGACAACGACCCUAAGCACACAGCCAAGACAACGCAGGAGUGGCUUUGGGACAAGUGUCUGAAUGUCCUUGAGUGGCCCAGCCUGAGCCCGGACUUGAACCCGAUCUAGCAUCUUUGGAGGGACCUGAAAAUAGCUGUGCAGCGACGCUCCCCAUCUAACCAGACAGAGCUUGAGAGGAUCUGCAGAGAAGAAUGGGAGAAACUCCCCAAAUACAGGUGCGCUAAGCUUGUAGCAUCAUACCCAAGGAGACUCGAGGCUGUAAUCGCUGCCAAAGGUGCUUCAACAAAGUACUGAGUAAAGGGUCUGAAGACUUAUGUAAAUGUAAUAUUUCAGUUCUUAAUUUUUCAUACAUUUGCAAAAAUUUCUAAAAACCAAUUUUUGCUUUGUCGUUAUGGAGUAUUGUGUGUAGAUUGAUGACAAAAAUAUAACAAUGUUAUCAAUUUUAGAACAAGGCUGUAACUUAACAAUGUGGAAAAAGUCAAGGGGUCUGAAUACUUUCUGAAAGGACUGUAUACAUGAUGGGAUGUUGAUUGCUUAACUCAGGAACCACACCUGUGUUGAAGCACCUGCUUUCAAUAUACUUUGUAUCCCUAAUUUAAUUUAGUGUUUCCAUUAUUUUGACAGUUACCUGUGUUCCAUUCAUUACGAUUAUAUUGACAUCAUUUUGUUUCACCCCCCAUCAGGAGUCAGUGACUGACUACACCACCCCCUCGUCCUCUCUGGCUGACAGCGUUCCUACUGGAGGGAGUAAGAUGGAGGAGAGGCUGGUAGCCAAUGUGCCCCUGCCCCACUCUCUCCCUCGUAGAGAGGCCCUACAGCAGAGCUCCAGCCUCAGUACUGUCUCUCCUGCUAGUGUUGACCUCACACUGAAGGUAAUGUUACAAAAUCCAUAACUAGCCUACGGAUAUUGUUGCACUCACUUUGUCUAGGGGUCCUAGGCCUAGUUACUAGGGAUGUGACAAAUGCAAAAAAAAAUCUUAACGUUUAAACUGCUAUUUUUUUAUUGUUUAAAGAAAAUCAUAAAAUGACAUGAUUCACAAUUCAGAUAUGCUCCUGCAUAUGACCGCUAUGGGGCAAUGCAGCUCAGUCUACUGCUGUCCUGGCAACCUACCAGACAGCGCUCACCUUACUGCUGUCCCCCACCCACUCAGCAACGACGGUAUUAAUGCCGUUUUAGGUUCUCUGUGUGCCUCUCCUCCAUGUCCUCAGUUGUCAUUACAUGGGACUUCAUGUCCCACUUUUCAUUCAUGUGAUGGCUCGUUGCAGUGAUGCAUGACAGCGUGUUCAUAUAAGUCCAACAAUCUGUACAUAAUCAAAAUAUUUCUGCUAAGACGCAAUUUUCAGAUCAGUGACAAGUUACAACAGCGUUUCCCAAACUAGGGGUCUCGACGUGAUUUGAAAAUAGGGUCGUGAGAGAAAAAUAAAAUAAAUGCCGCUUGGUUCAUAGAACCGCGCUUAUAAUAAUAAUAAUAAGUGCGUAAACUCCGAUAUCUUCUACAUGAGCUUGUGUUGUGUAUUUGCUUGGUCUCCUAUUGGGACUAGUGGUGUUUAUAUGCUCUGUCUCAUAAAUGUGGUUGUGACAAACAGAGCAAUGCUCACAAGCAGAACUCGUUAGAACAGAGUGGACAGGACCCAUCACCAAAUCAGACUAGGGGAAAAAGAACAUCAUACACAAUUAUUGCCUGAACUUCCCAAUACCGUUCUGUUGCAGUUUCACUCACUUCAAACCAUACUCGCUUCAGAUUGAAGUACGGUCAGACUGAUUUUGUAAUAGACUGUCAUAGCCGCAAAUAAGAAAGUUAACAUUGGCUGUUGAUUGACAUCACUUUUUUUUACAUGGUGGGGUCGUGAUAAAAAAAGUGUGUGUAUAUAUAUAUAUAAAUAAAUAAAUGGGGUCACGGGGCAAAAAGGUUUGCGAAUCCCUGACUUACCACGUGCAUUAGUAUCAAACAGAGUAAGCAGUGGCGCGCGAAUGAGCACACGGCCACCACUUUCUCCCCAUCAUCUCCCUACAGCGCAGUGGCGCACAUUCAGAUGGCAGGGGUUAAAGUUCUCCGUCACUGCGACGGAGUUCCGUCAUGGAUGACACAUGAGGUUUGAGUAAAUUGGGAUUUUUUUUUAUUUUGUGUAUUAAAAAAACAUUCCAGGCCACACUAUGAACUUCUAAAACUAGAUAGAAAGUAUGUAGAAAUUAUAAUGGACCUAUAUAUUUCCAAAUAACUGCCCUUUUUCUAGCCCUCAAAUUUUUGACAAAUCGGUCAUAAAAUCUGUGCGGCCCUCCAUUGAAUUUCAAAAUCCUGAUGUGGCCCGCUGAUCUGAGAUCGACUUAUGUUUCAGUCAUGGAAAACAGAGGAAACAUUGAGGUACACACACACACCACACACACACAGCUACUGUAUACACACCACUACUGUAGACCUCACACUGAAGGUAACACACAUGCAGUACACCCUAUGCAUUUGACUGUCCAACUUCUAAUUCAUUUAUUUGACCUUUCUUCUCUCUGUUUAGAUGGAGUCAGCUCGUAAAGCGUGGGAGAACUCCCCCAGCCUGGUAGAGAAGAGCUCUCCUGUCACCUCUUCUCCCAUCACCUCCUGCACCUCCUCUUCCUACUCCUCCUUCUCCUCUGCCUCCAUGCCUCAGAUACCAGUGGCCUCUGUUACACCAAGCACCUCUCUGACAGGUACUGUAUUUCUUUGUACGUCCGAUUAAUACUUGUUAUACAAUGCUUUUACACUAAUAUUUGUUACCCGUCUAAUAUAUGGAUUGUUGGGCAACAUCACCCACAUAAACUGCAACAUAAACUGGGUGUAGUGACAUAUUCCCCCUCCCUAGGUGCUGGGACCUACACCACGUCCUCUCUGAGCACUAAGACCACCACGGCCUCUGACCCCCCCAACAUCUGCAUGGUGAAACCCCAGCAGCUGCAGACAGGAUCCAUGGCUGGGACCAGCUUCUCCCAGCUGGGCUGUGUGGCCCCCUUGCUACCCCAGCAGCAACAGACUCCACAGGUCUACGUCUCCCAGUCUGCAGCAGGUGAGACCUCCAACGCAUCUGACGCUUGUAUGCACUUAGAGGUUUUUCCCUAACUACGUUACCUCACCAGGAAAAAAAGUGUCCCUAGUUAGUUACUUAGACUAGCAGAUACUACUAAACUUGAAUGAAAACAGUUCUGUUCAAUGGGUAUGGAGGCUUAUAAGCUUUUAUGAUGAGACAGCUAUUUAGUGUUGUGCUCCUCUCUCUUGUCUCGUAUCAGUGACUGCUGAGUGAGCCUCCCAUUGGCAUGCUAGCUAUAGAGCUGAGUACAGUUGGCCCCAUAGGGAGGUCAGCUAUUAGCCUCUAUCAGAGAGAGCUGAGCCCACAGGAACAGCCAUCACGGCUCAUAGAGGACACGCAUUUAGAGAGGGAAAGGUCAAUGCAUUGACAAUCCUUAUGUGAUCUGAGAUGGAGACAGCUGUGAUAUUACUGAAGGUGAUGCUAGUGAUUAAAGUGUUGUCAGGACACACAAUAGACAUGCGUUUGUCAGGAUUGUGGUGAGUUUGUGAAUUUAGGAGUUUUGAUCCCUUUUUCUCUCUUUCUGUUUCCCUGAUUCUAUUAUCUGUCUCUCUGACUGUCUGUCUCUCUUUCUGUCUCUCUCUCUGUCUCUGCCUCUCUCGGUCUGUCUGUCUGCCUCUCUCUCUCGGUCUGUCUGUCUGCCUCUCUCUCGGUCUGUCUGUCUGCCUCUCUCUCGGUCUGUCUGUCUGCCUCUCUCUCUCGGUCUGUCUGUCUGUCUGCCUCUCUCUCGGUCUGUCUGUCUGCCUCUCUCUCUCGGUCUGUCUGUCGGUCUGUCUGCCUGCCUCUCUCGGUCUGUCUGUCUGCCUGCCUGCCUGCCUCUCUCGGUCUGCCUGCCUGCCUCUCUCGGUCUGCCUGCCUGCCUCUCUCGGUCUGUCUGUCUGUCUGCCUGCCUCUCUCGGUCUGUCUGUCUGUCUGCCUCUCUCUCUCGGUCUGUCUGUCUGUCUGCCUCUCUCUCGGUCUGUCUGUAUGCCUCUCUCUCGGUCUGUCUGCCUGUCUGUCUGCCUCUCUCUCGGUCUGUCUGUCUGCCUCUGUCUGUCUGUCUGUCUGCCUGCCUCUCUCUCUGUCUGUCUGUCUGUCUGCCUCUCUCUCUCUCGGUCUGUCUGUCUGUCUGCCUGCCUCUCUCGGUCUGUCUGUCUGCCUGCCUCUCUCGGUCUGUCGGUCUGCCUGCCUGCCUCUCUCGGUCUGUCGGUCUGUCGGUCUGCCUGCCUGCCUCUCUCGGUCUGCCUGCCUGCCUCUCUCGGUCUGCCUGCCUGCCUGCCUCUCUCUCACUCUCUCUCUCUCUCUCUCUCUCUGUCUCUGUCUCUGUCUCUGUCUCUGUCUCUGUCUCUGUCUCUCUCUCUGUGUCUCUCUCUCUCUCUCUGUGUCUCUCACUCUCUCUGUGUCUCUGUCGCUCUCUCUCUGUCUGUCUGUGGGUUCUGCAGCCCAGAUUCCAGCAUUCUACAUGGACACCAGUCACCUGUUCAGCAACCCCCGCCUGGCACCUCCCUCUCUGGCACAGCAGCAGGGCUACCAGCCUAGACUCUCACAGGUACACACUACAAGGAUCUCUUUAACUAGUCUUAAAGCUUAAACUGUCCUUAUGUAGCCUUAUUCUCCCCUUAUAAAACCUUAUUCUUCCCUUGUGAAGCCUUAUAAGGCCUUAUUUUCUCCCCUCCAGCAGGCAGCGGUGCAGCAGAUUCCAAUCCCCAUCUAUGCUCCCCUGCAGGGCCAGCACCAACACACACACCAACACACACACUCUCACCAGGCCCAGCUAGGCCUCAGCACUGGACCUCCCGUCUCCCAGCCACAGGACCUCUUCAGCUCCUCAAUUCAGCCUUACAGGUAACACACACACUAUGAUAGUAACACACACACACACACAUACACUGAUAUGUGGCAGGAUAUGUUGCUGUUUGUGUAUUUAUCAAACAAUGCUGUUUGGGUGAAGUGUAGUCACUCUGACCGGUAAGAGGUGUGUGUGUGUGUGUGUGUGUGUGUGUGUUUGAUCACACACUAUUUGAACUCUCUCCUCCUCUGUCCUGCAGGUCUCAGCAGGCCUUUAUGCAGAGCAGCCUGUCCCAGCCCAGCCCCAUGAUGUUAUCAGGGCCGUCUCUCCACAGCUACCCAGGGGUUGGGGGCCCUGAUCUGGGCAAGCCUCAGUCCAGCCUGGCCUACCAGCAGCCCUCCAACACACACAUCCCCAUCCUGUUUGAACCGCAGCUCAACCAGCCCUCUGGCAUGGGAGGAUCCCAGCUGAUAGACACACACCUACUGCAGGUAUGGGAUAAGGUACGCACAAUGUAGUAACAACGUUCUUAUAAUGUAUUCACAACUGUUGAGUGGGAGAACUCAUGUUAUCUUGGUAAAUGCUUGAGCUUCUAUGUGGUUAUACAAGAGCUUUGUAAGGAAUAUUGUCUUAACACCCCCCCCCCCCCCCCCCCCCCCCCCCCCCCCCCCCCCUCUCCCUCUCCAGCGUCAGGGGAUGAGUCAGCAUUCUAACCUGUACUCGGGGCAGGUGCAGCAACACGGACAGAGCAGUUACUAUAGUAACACACAGUCUCCUAGCUCUGCCAUGCAGCAGGUAUACACAUUAUUUACACGUUUUCAAACAGAUGAAUGUCAAAACAGACAAUCAUGACAUUGAAACUAACUCACCUCUCUCUCUCUCGCCCUGUCCUCUCUAGGUGCAAGUCCCUCUGCCGGGCUCCCAGCUAGGUCUUCCUAACUAUGGUUCUGGGGGCGGCCAACCCCUCCUGGCGCUGCCACCCACCCCUCCCCAGGCUCAGCCCCCCAGCCGCCAGCCCCCUGUAUCCCAGCCCUACAGGGGACCCUUCGGACCUACACACAGCAUGAUGCAGCCCCCCUCCAGCAAGGUACGCACCAGGGAACGAAUAUAAAGCUCUGCGUAUGUGAGAGAGAGACACUUGUUUGUAUGUCUCGAAGCCUUAUGAUAUUGUAGCUGUGUGUGUGAGCGUUGUGUUGGUGAGAUGCUAGCAGCACAUGAUCUAAUGCGUCUCUGCCCUGUCUGUUUCAUGUCCAGAUGUGUGAGAUGGACCUGAAGCUGUUUGGCAGUGGGAUGGACAUGAAGCCUGGAACUCCUCCUCACAGCGCUAGGAGCACUACCCCUACAUCUAGUCCUUACAGGUAACACUCUCACACACACACUCACCUCUAGUCCUUACUGGUAACACGCACACCUUCUACCUGUUUAUUAGUGUGCCAAGAGCUGAUGUAUUGUUGUGUCUGGUCAGGGCCAGCUCUACGUCUCCCAGCAGCCAGUCCAGUAAGAUGAACAGCAUGCUGUACCAGAAACAGUUCCAGCCCAGCUCUGCUGCCAUGAGGAUCACACAGCACUUCCCUGGACAGUUCAACCCACAGGUAAUACACACUGAAGAGGGAUAGGCCAGAGCCUAACACUAACCCUUUUUAUAAAAAUAAAAUAAAACCUUUCUCCUUCUCUCCCUCCUUUCAGAUUCUGUCUCAGCCCAACAUGGUCUCUCCUCUGGUGCGCCCUCCCCCCCACACCCAACAUGCUAACUCAUUUGGUGGAGGGAUGCAGCGUUCGCCUAUGGGCCCACCCCCCAUGUCUCCCUCCCUGGGAGGGGGUCUGAUGCCUCACCCCCGGCCGCUACCGCAGCAGCAGCAGUUCCCCCAGCAGCACCUCUCCCACCCCCCCAGAGGACCUCCUCCCCCUCUCGCACCUCGAGGCCCACCAGGUCCCAGAGGCAGCCAGGCAGAGCAGGACCUCAAGGUAUAGUAUAGCACUGAAGGGUUAUGGGUACUGUAGUGUACAUGUCUUUGGUGAGCUCUGUACAUGUGUGGUGAUCUCUGUACAGGAGUGUUUCUCAACUUUGGCCCUUGAGUACCCCCAAUGUUACACAUUUUUGCUCUAGUCCUGCUUGCUGAUUAGUUGACUGGUUGAACUAGAAUGUGCCUGGUGGUGAAAAAUCUGAUGUAUCCUAAAUGAACCCAGCAGUACGACGUGAUUAAUUGAUUGAUUUGAUAGCUGUAUUAACUGGUUGAUCUCCUGUCGGUUCCGCAGGCGAAGCAGCGAGCCGAGGUUCUCCAGUCAACUCAUAAAUUCUUCUCAGAGCAGCAGCUCAAGGCUCCAUCAGUCUCCAAACCCUCUCGUCUCGACCAGGGAGGCGACAAACUCCCCCUCGACAUCCUGCCCCCCAACCACCAGACCGUAGGAGUCGUGGAGCGCCCUGAGCCCGACAAACCCUCCCUGUCGGUGGGCAAGCCCAUCCGGACCGGCCCAAUCAAGCCCCAGGCCAUCAAACCGGAGGAGGGGAAGUAG